AUGAGUGCUCGAACGAGUGAGCGGGGUAUCCGCAUAGCAAUCGAUCGGGGUGGAACAUUCACCGAUUGCAUUGGGAAUCCCGGGACUGGAAAGAUGGAAGAUGAUGUGAUAAUCAAACUUCUAUCUGAGGAUCCAGGGAAUUACGAAGAUGCGCCUCUGGAAGGAAUUAGGCGUCUGAUGUCAAAAUUUCUAAAGACGGAAAUCCCCCGCGGGGACCCUCUGGAUACCUCCAAGAUUGAAUCCAUACGGAUGGGUACAACCGUAGCCACCAAUGCCUUGCUGGAAAGAAAGGGCGAGAAAAUUGUCAUGGUGGUGACGAAAGGCUUUAAGGAUUGUCUGGCGAUUGGUAAUCAGUCCAGACCACAGAUCUUUGAUCUAGCCAUAAAAAAACCAGACGUCCUUUACGAGUCUGUAAUUGAGAUUGAUGAGAGAGUCACCCUCGAAGACUAUGCUGAAGAUCCAGAGCGACACAUUACCAAGGUUGAACCACGUAACCCAGUUAGUGGACAAGAAGACAGUCACUUAGUGACAGGUUUAUCGUCCGAGGCAAUCCGAAUCUUGAAACGGCCAGACAAAAAUGUUAUUUGGGAGCAAUUGCAAACUGUUUUCGACCAAGGCAUUAGAAGCGUCGCCGUGUGUUUAAUGCAUGGCUAUACGUUUUAUGACCACGAGGCAUUGGUAGGUGAAAUAGCGAAAGAAAUCGGUUUCAAUCAUGUCUCCCUUAGCCACGAACUCAUGCCUAUGAUCAAGUUGGUGCCUCGAGCCACAUCUUCAUGCGCAGAUGCCUAUCUUACUCCUGCAAUAAAAAAGUACAUCGCGGGUUUUCAAAAGGGGUUUGAAGGUGGUCUUGGAGCGGCGAGCGUUGAGAAUAAGAGUGGAGCAAAAGGGGCGAGAUGCGAAUUCAUGCAAAGCGAUGGUGGUCUCGUUGAUGUGGAUAGGUUUUCGGGACUAAAGGCUAUUCUCUCAGGCCCAGCAGGAGGUGUUGUUGGCUAUGCCCUUACCUCCUACGAUCCAGAGACAAAAACGCCGAUAAUCGGCUUCGAUAUGGGUGGCACUUCUACAGAUGUGUCGAGAUACGGCUCUGGGAGAUAUGAGCAUGUCUUUGAAACCACCACGGCCGGGGUGACCAUCCAGUCACCCCAAUUGGAUAUCAACACCGUUGCAGCGGGUGGUGGAUCUCGUUUGUUUUUCAGAAAUGGAUUGUUCGUUGUUGGCCCUGAAUCGGCCGGCGCUCAUCCCGGCCCUGCCUGCUAUCGAAAAGGGGGACCAGCAACAGUGACCGAUGCAAAUCUAUUCCUUGGUCGCUUGCUCCCAGACUUCUUUCCUAAGAUCUUUGGCAAGAAUGAGGAUGAAGGCCUCGAUGUACAAGCAAGUGAGAAAGUUUUAAACGAACUUACAGAACAGAUACACAAAGAGACUGGUAAAUCCAUGAGCGCCGACGAAGUAGCCUAUGGAUUUUUGACUGUUGCCAACGAGACGAUGACGAGGCCAAUACGCUCUCUGACGGAAGCUAAAGGCCAUGAUACUUCGAAACAUCGGCUGGCAACGUUUGGAGGCGCGGGUGGCCAACAUGCCGUGGCCAUCGCUGAACGCUUAGGCAUUCAGCAAAUCCUUGUUCACCGUUAUUCCUCUGUGCUCUCCGCGUAUGGCAUGGCGCUGGCCGAUGUUGUCGAUGAACGGCAGGAGCCAGACUCAAAAGUUUGGGUAGAUAAUGAAGAAGUGAGAGAAUAUCUAGAGAAUAAGAUUGGCGAAUUAAAGGAGAAGACAAGGAAUUCGCUUAGAGAGCAAGGAUUUGAAGACAGUUCUAUUGCCUACGAAGAAUAUCUCAAUAUGCGGUACCGGGGCACAGAAUCCGCUCUCAUGGUUGUGAGACCAGGCAAGGAAGAGCAGAAAGCAUCUGGGGGAGGUGAGUGGACAUUUGGAAAGGCGUUUAUUAAACAACAUGAACAAGAAUUUGGCUUCACGCUUCCCGAUCGAGACGUCAUUGUGGACGAUGUGCGAGUCCGUGGAAUCGGCAAGAGCUUCGCGGGACUUGGCAAGACGGUGGAUCAACAGCUGAAAGCUAUCACAGUAAAAGAUGUUAAGCCAGGGGAUAAAGAAUACAAGCGCUCGAGUGCUUAUUCUGAUGGCGGCCGCCAUGAUACCCCUAUCUAUAAAUUGGAGGACCUCGAGGUUGGGGAUCGGAUUAAAGGCCCAGCGAUCCUAGCAGACGGAACCCAGACUAUCGUCGUCACCCCGAGUGCAACUGCAUUGAUUAUUCACACCCAUGUUGUCAUAAAUAUUGGUGACAAGGAUCUCAACGAUGCAGGCUCAAAAUUAGACACGACCAAAGAGGUCGACCCCAUAAUGUUGAGUAUCUUUGCCCAUCGAUUCAUGGCAAUUGCGGAGCAGAUGGGGAGAGCACUCCAAAAGACAAGUGUCAGUACGAAUGUCAAGGAACGCCUCGACUAUUCGUGUGCACUCUUUGACUCAACCGGAGGGCUAGUCGCAAAUGCCCCUCAUCUCCCCGUUCACCUAGGAUCUAUGUCCACCUGUGUAAAACGGCAGGCGGAGAUAUGGCGUGGAAAUCUAGUUAAAGGAGAUGUCAUCGUGUCCAAUCAUCCAGAAUACGGCGGAACUCACCUCCCUGAUAUUACGGUCAUAACCCCAGCGUUCAAUGAAGGUGGAGACAAGAUUUUGUUCUACGUCGCUUCAAGGGCACAUCACGCUGAUAUUGGAGGAAUUCUACCUGGAAGCAUGCCUCCUCAUUCCCGGGAACUAUACCAAGAAGGGGCAGCAAUAAAGUCCGAAAAGCUGGUCAGCGCCGGAAGAUUCAACGAGGAGCGAAUUACCGAAUUACUAUUGCACGAGCCUGCUAAGUAUAAAGGCUCUAGUGGAACAAGAUGCCUAGCAGACAACAUAUCGGAUCUAAAAGCUCAAAUAUCGAGUAACAUGAAGGGCAUCAAUCUUAUUUCCACGCUGAUCCAGGAAUAUGGAGAGGACGUGGUCAAUUUCUACAUGGUAAAUAUUCAGCACAACGCAGAGCUGAGUGUGCGGAAUCUCUUAAAGAGCGUGAGCAAGAGAUUCGAAGGCCAAGACCUCUCCGCAGUGGACUACAUGGAUGACGGAAGUCCAAUCAAGCUAAAGAUAACUAUCGAUUCUGAAAAAGGAGAGGCUGUGUUUGAUUUUGAUGGAACGGGUCCAGAAGUCUAUGGAAACACGAAUGCACCCCAGGCUAUUACGUAUAGUGCCAUAAUUUACUGCCUCCGCUGCUUGAUCUCGGAAGAUAUCCCAUUAAACCAAGGCUGUCUCAAACCGAUCAAAGUACUUAUUCCACCAAAAUCAUUCCUCUCACCAUCCGACAAAGCUGCCGUCGUGGGUGGCAAUGUCCUCACUUCUCAGCGAGUCACGGAUGUAAUUCUGAAAGCCUUCCAAGCCUGUGCUGCAAGUCAAGGAGAUUGUAAUAAUCUCACGUUCGGGUUUGGUGGUAAUAUUGAGGGUGAGAAAGCGAUCAAGGGGUUUGGAUACUACGAGACCAUCGCAGGAGGCAGCGGCGCGGGCAAGGACUGGGAUGGUACGGAUGGCGUGCAUGUUCAUAUGACGAACACGCGAAUCACCGACUCUGAGGUAUUCGAACGGAGAUACCCCGUGAUCCUGCGAGAAUUCUCUUUACGAGCGGGAUCUGGCGGCGCGGGGAAGCAUCGCGGUGGCGACGGCGUGAUCCGGGAUAUUGAAUUUAGAAUCCCCGUUCAAGUAUCAAUCCUCAGCGAGCGGAGGGUGUAUCAUCCGUACGGACUUGCCGGUGGCGAAGAUGCACAGUGUGGCCUGAACAUCUGGGUUCGGAAUGUGGAAAAAAGCAAUUCAGAGAGGUCUGAUAGGAUGCUGAGAGGCGAGGAUGGUGGGAAGGCGGAUGAGCCAGUAUUCGAGGAACGACGUAUCAACUUGGGAGGCAAGAACACAGCUGCCAUGAAACCUGGAGAACGGAUUAUUAUCUGCACACCUGGUGGAGGGGGUUGGGGCAAGGUCGGCGAGGAAAGGGAGGUGAAGGCAAAAUCUCAAGACCCUAGGUAUGCAUGGACAGGAGGAAGUCAUGCUGCCAGGGAGGAUACUGCUCUUCAAGCAUAG